GUUACAUCAUUGUGAACCUUCAGUCACUAUACUUGAACUGAAGUGUUCUGAUGAUUGUUGUGGUUACCUAGUUAUUGUGACAAAGUGUAACAUGGCAUUUGGACGGAGGAUUACCUCUACGCUUUUCCUUAUUUUAUUUCUAGCUCAUGGAAUCCAAGCAGAUAAUGAAACUGAUGAAAACUUCCCUACCGUAGAAACUUCACUUGGUCCUGUACAAGGAUUUAAAUAUACAUCCUCUUGGACUAAGAAACCCAUAUACGCCUUCAGAGGUAUUCCUUAUGCAGCACCUCCAGUGGGAAACCUACGUUUUAAUUACCCUGUUCCUCCAGAGAGUUGGACAUCAGUAAGGAAUUGUUCGGAAGACCAACCAUCCUGCAUGCAGAACUCCAACUUCAUCAUUGGCUACAAGAACAUAACAUUUGAAAUGAGCGAGGACUGUUUAUACUUGAACGUUCAUUCACCAGUGUACCCCAAAAAAGAAGAGCUGUUACCAGUGAUGGUAUGGAUGCACGGUGGUGCGUUCAUCGAGGGAUCUGGAAGCUACUUCCGCUAUGGUCCUGACAUUUUGGUGGGAGAAGGUGUAAUUGUGGUUACACUCAAUUAUCGACUUGGAGCACUAGGUUUCCUGACUCUGGACACACCGGAUGUUCCCGGCAAUGCUGGGUUGAAGGAUCAGAUGUUUGCACUCCGGUGGGUUCAGAGAGAGAUCCGGAAGUUUGGAGGAAACCCUAACAAUGUAACAUUGUUUGGAGAAAGUGCAGGAUCUGCGUCCGUCCAUCUACACUACCUCUCCCCUCUCUCUAAGGGUCUGUUCCAUCGAGUGAUCGGAGAGAGUGGGACUGCUCUAGGAGACUGGGCUGUAACGGAGAAUGGCCAGGCCUAUGGGAAAGCAUUAGCUAAGAUGGUAAACUGCACUUACGAGGACUUAGUUGAUGUCUGUAGGUGUCUAUUGCUAGUGAAUGCUGAAGACAUUGUGUCGGCUCAACAGAAGGUGCCAUCUUUGCUAGUGAAUGGAAGGAAACAAAGUCUGGUGUUUAUUCCUAAUGUGGACAAGAACAGUCCAAAACCUUUUUUGCCAGAGAUUCCAACCAGACUCAUAGAGCUCAAGCAAGGGUCGUUUGUUCCUUUCAUCAUGGGCAUAAACAGCGACGAAGGAAUGAUGAUGCUGCGUAGCAAAGAACAAAUUAGAAACAUAACAAAUAAUCUUGACCAAGUGAUCCCAUAUAGUAUAGUGAAGAAAUGCAACAAAGAAAGGUUAAAACUUCUCACUGACAGACUGAAGAAUUUCUACUUUAAAGAGCCACCUUCAGAGAACAAUCUUAGAGGAUAUGUAGACAUGUAUACAGAUCAGAUGUUUGGGUACUCCACGGCUGUCAGUGCAAGAGUUUACAGAGAACGAGCUCCUGUGUAUUUGUAUUACUUUGCUUUCAAUGGAAAAUUCAAGGAAUUUUUUGUAAAAUUUCUGGAAAAUAUAUUCACUUUUUCAGGAGUUUCACAUGCUGAAGAAUUGAGUUAUUUAUUCGAAAGAGAGAAAGUAAAUCAAGAGGCAGAAGAAGAUUCAGAUGAAAUGAAAACUUGGAGGAGAAUGGCUAGAAUGUGGACAAACUUUGCUAAGUUUGGAACGCCAACAGUUGAAAAGGACCCUGUCUUGGAGGAUGUUGAAUGGAAACCAGUUGGAAAAGUGAUGACUAACUAUCUUCUCAUCAACAAUACUCUGCAGAUGGUGGAGCAAGAUUUCCUGGCAGCAAGAGUUGCUCUUUGGGACACCAUCACUCCUUCAAGCUCUUCACAUUUGUACCCGACGUGUGCACUUGUGCUAGUUGGAGUUGCCAUGUUUAUUUGGCUAAGCGACAGAUCGCAAAACUAACAGACAGUUAGCAUUGACUUUUGUAUUCUAGGGUAGACAUCCCAUCCGUAUGGGUCAGCUGUAGCCAAUUUUCCAUGAGGAUAGAACAUAGUUGAAUGAGUUGCUUACAGAGUGUGAGCUACUCUGUGUCAAAAUUAUAUUUUCUUUCUUAGCUUUUGAAGAUGUUAUAAUUUAUAAUGGUGUGAUUAAGGUCUUAAUCAAACCAAACUUAUGAACGAUAGCAUCUUUUACGUCACACCAUUACAAAUUAUAAAAUCUUCAAAAGCUAAGAGGGAUAAUAUCGGUAAUUUAAUAUUCAACAGAAAUCAGUAAUUUGGCAGCAGCACUCUGUUGUGUUGUUGCCUCAAUUCAACUAUGUUAAUGUCAAAUCAAAAACUUUCUGCAGCUAACAUGUGGAAGAGAUGUCUACAUCUCUAUAUAGUCAUAGUUUAUAGUGUAUAGCAUUAGAAUCAAAUUAGUUUGUAGGUUAAUUUGUGAAUCAUUAUAGUUGAUAGUACAGUACUGUACAGUAGAUCCUCUUAUACAUAUCUUUUUGGUAUAGAUUUUGUAUGAUAUGGUUGCUGGGUAGUCAAGUGGAUUUAGCGCUCUUCGAGUAAUCAGUAGGUUGCCAGUUCAAUCCUGAGAAACGUCAAUAGCUUUUAGAAAGUUUGAAAUCAAACCCAAGGGGUUGAAUCCUGUAUGUACAAUAAAUGAAUGGUCCUGGCCAAAAAGCAAGCUGAACUGAGUCAGUAACAAAGCUAUCAUAUUCUUCAUUCAAAACUCACCCUUCACCCAUCUUUGUAUUAAAACAAACUUUGUGUCAGUGUCAUAUAAAUCUAAUCUAAUCUUAGCUGGGUAGCUAUCAGUAGCUUUUAGAUGGUUUUAAACUAAACCCAGCUGUUGAUUGUUCUUAACAAAUUGAGUGCGGUAAAUAUAUCAGUGGGUCCUUCAAUAGGACCUGAAAUUUUUUCACAUAAAAUCUUAUUUUUUGUUGCCAAAAAUGAGGAUCCAGGUCGGAAAUAGUGUUUUGAGCAGUUUUCCCAAUAAAAAUUGCGUCCCAAAUUGCCGGCCACUGGUACAAUUAUAUAGCCCCUUCCUCCUUCCCAACCAUUGUUUAUUUCAAUAACAGUGAAUCAUGGAACUGCUGAUAAGAAUUUGGUAUUGGGGAGUACAUCU